ACACACAAAGUAAUAACACGGAGCCACAAACACAGAGAGAGACACACGCACACCAACACGACAGAAGUACACAAUAGGCAGCAAAGAGGAGGCAGGUGGCAGCUCAGUCAACAAUUGUGCCACACAUACAAAAAAUAAAUAAAAAUUAAAAAGUAACCGCAAAGAAUCAUAAACAUAAUGAAUCGUAGCGACGGCUUGGUUAGGCGCGCUGUCAAGCCACGCGAGAAUGGAGCCGAAGGCGGUGGAGCUGGUUUGAAUGCGAACACACCGGACGACAAUCAGGACACGCACGACAGCAACAAGGAUCAGGAGGAUAACAUCGAUGAUGGCGACUCCAAGGAGACACGUCUUACGCUUAUGGAGGAGGUGCUGCUGCUUGGCCUUAAGGAUAAAGAGGGUUACACAUCUUUCUGGAAUGACUGCAUAUCAAGCGGCUUGCGUGGUUGCAUUCUCAUUGAGCUGGGCCUGCGUGGACGUGUUAUGAUCGAGAAGUCGGGCAUGCGGCGUCGUGGCUUGUGUACAAGAAAGCUAAUACUGAAAUCGGAUCAACAAACUGGCGAUGUUUUGUUGGAUGAGGCACUGAAACACAUUAAGGAAACAGAUCCACCAGAGACGGUGCAGAGUUGGAUCGAAUAUCUAAGCGGUGAAACUUGGAAUCCACUGAAAUUGCGUUACCAGCUAAAAAAUGUUCGCGAGCGUCUGGCCAAGAACCUCGUCGAAAAGGGUGUGCUCACAACGGAAAAGCAAAACUUUCUGCUCUUUGACAUGACGACUCAUCCGCUCAGUGAUAAUGUGGUUAAGUGCCGUCUGGUCAAGAAGAUACAAGACUCGGUACUUUCCAAGUGGGUGAACGAUGCGCAACGCAUGGAUAAGCGGAUGCUGGCACUUAUCUUCCUGGCGCACGCCAGUGACGUCAUCGAGAAUGCAUUUGCGCCGCUCAACGACGAUGACUACGAGGUGGCCAUGAAGCGAGUGCGCGAACUGCUGGACCUCGACUUUGAAGCGGAGGCGGCCAAACCGAAUGCAAACGAAAUACUUUGGGCUGUGUUUAUGGCGUUUACGAAAUAGGGCGAUUUCCUAACUCCACAACCCCUCCCUAAACCUGGCACCACAGCAGUCAGCAGCAGUACACACACAAACAAAUACACAGUCACACACAUAUAUACACUCUCACACA